GUGGCGACGGAGGACGCGCCGGAGGGAGAGGGAGCGGGAGGAUGGAGCGGAGGGGCCGCUGUCUGUGCGAAAUCUGCACGUGCGGAGAGUUCUCCUGCCCUGCUCUGCACUGUUCUGGCCCCCACACACCUGCCUGAGCUAACCUUGUCCAGCUGCCACAUUCAGAGAGCAGGUGCCACCGAUGCCCUCGUAACCCUAAGAAGAUCUAUGAGAACUCGGUUCAACCUUGCCCCACAACCGAAUAUUUGGAAAAUUACCCGCAGCACGGCCCUGUCGUGCCUCCACCGAGCCUCAAACCCAAGCAGGAGAUCCAAGCAAAUCAUGGCAAGAUGGAGGGAAUCACAACUUUUAAGUCUGAUUACCGUCCUUACCCCGUGGAGAGGCGGCCGCCGCGGGAGCAAGGGGAGCAUAAGCCCCAGCAGGGAGAGAUGGACCUGGGCACCACCUACCAGAGAGACUUCAGUUCCCACCGCGCCCCCCUCGUGACCUUGGUCAGGUCAGUGGAACGGCGCCUGCCCAAGGGGGCACAGCUGGACACCGUCCCGACUUACAGAGAUGACUUCCGAGCUUGGGCUACCCAAAAGAGGGACCGCCGUCGACCGGCCCAGGAUUACCACCCCCCGACCGUAAAGUUUGGCAAUCCCACAACAUUCCAGGACGAUUUCUACCCCAAAGAGUCCCGUCCCAGGCCGAGCUUCAAGCCUCCCUGUGGAGCCAAGCCCACCCAAGUCCCCUUUGCUGGGGUCACCAGUCACCGCCAGGCAUACGUGGCUCAUCAGCUGGAGCCCAGGUGUGUGAGGCCCAAAGAGGCUCACGAGGUCACCAGCCAGCCCCUUGAGGGGCUCACCACCCAUCGCAAUGACUUCCGGGGUCUCCUCGGGGAAGCCGGGAGGAGCCUCCGGCCGCAGCACACCAUCCUCAGACCCAACGGCCCCUUUGAUGGAAGCACCGAGUCCCGGGAGAGCUUCCAGCCGUGGCCCGUCUCUCUGCCGGCGGUGCGCCAGACGGCCGACUAUGUCCCCCCGGUGGGGCCCAUGGAGCUCAGCACCACAAGCCAGCUGGAUUACACCCCCCACCCACUCCAUCCCGCUGCCCCCCGGAGACCCGUUUUCCAGAGAAGACGAGCCCCCCCUCCCUUUCAAGGCAACUCCACCACAAAAGAAGACUUCCAGGCUUGGGAAAGCUGUCGGCAAGAAAUGAUCAAGAGGCCACCCGAAAUCUCCAGGGCCUCGGGUCGAUUUGACGGCUCCACCACCUUUGGCUCUCACUUUGUGCCUCACGUGCUGGUCCCUACCCUGAGCUGCAAGCCUUCCCACGCCGCUCUCCGCUGCUCGGUCCCGUUUGAGGCCCGCACCGUGUACGACUCCGAGUACACCCCAAAGAAGCGGGAGAUCUGCCCGGCCGCCUUCGCCUCCCCACCGGGCUACGUCUUCCAAAGUACAGAUUCCCACGGCCACAGGUUCUUCCGCAAAAUGGCCGUUCCGGCCACGAAGCCACUCUCCCCCUCGACCGGUUGCCACGCUCCCCAGGACGUGGCUGUGACGGCCUAGAGCUACCAGCUCCAGCCUCCCUCAAAUUGAAUGUUUGAAGUUUAGGUUCUGUGGACACCAUGGCCACCAAGUCUCCCCAACUAACUGAUUUGAAACCGCAGUGGUCAUAGCCCAUGACUCCCUUCAACUCCUCAAAAAUCAACGCACCAAAAUCUUUUUACUUAGACCAGAACAAACACCAUAUAGGGGUUGGUCAGUAGCUAGGGCCUCAAGUGCCUGGCUCGUACCAAUGAGGACUUUCCUGGACUUGGGGAGCCUCAGUGACACAUAGAGAGUCAUACCAUGCCAACAACCACCAAGGCUACUGUGGAAAGUUUUUUACUUAGUUUUUGCCAAUGUGAAAGGGAGUGAGACAUACACACUCUUACUCCAAUCCACCAAGGGUCCAGUAUCAAUCUGCUGGUCAGAGGAGCCCAUUCUCCCUAUCCCAUGGCAGAAGGUUGGGAGAAGUUCUGGAUGACACGGGCCGCUACACGCUGCAAGCCUCCUCCACAUGCCGCUUCCCCCAAACACCACUUCCCCCCUCUGCUGCUGAAUGCUUCUACUGCUGAA